CGGCCGGCUCGUCUUCCUAAAUUCCUGAAUUGCGUCAGACUACGUGAAAGCACAUAGGAUUAUAUAACAACAGUAAAUGAUAAAACGUGCAUACAGUCCGCUGCCAGCAGACACCGAGCUCCUGCUGCUGCUGCUGCUGCUGCUGCGAAGCCGCAAACCCGAAGAAAAAGCGCAGAAAUGUCCGCAUGUGAGUUUGAAUCGCUGGAGAAGAGCCUGGAGUCCCACCUGCCGGAGGCCGAGCUCUCAGAGGUGAAACGCAUUUUAUUCGGGAAGGAAACAAAGAAGCUGGACCUCCCUGCAUGUGCCGUGAAUGCUGCCUCCGAGCGCGACUUUGAGCUGAAGGGUUACAGGUUUGAAGCUGUGCAGGAACAACUGAGGCCGCCCAGGAGGAUCCGUGUGGGACUCAUUCAGCACCGCAUAGUCCUGCCCACUGAUGCCCCAAUCCUGGACCAGAUCACUGCCAUGCAUAGCCGGGUUGGUGAGAUGGUUGAAGUGGCAGCCAUGUGUGGUGUAAACAUCGUCUGCUUUCAGGAGACCUGGACCAUGCCCUUUGCUUUCUGCACCCGCGAGAAAGAACCGUGGACGGAGUUUGCAGAGUCAGCUGAGGAAGGUAACACCACACGUUUCUGCCAAGAGCUGGCCAAAAAAUACAACAUGGUAGUUGUUUCUCCAAUCCUGGAGCGAGAGGAGCUGCACAGCACUCUGUGGAACACGGCAGUGGUGAUCUCCAACUCUGGAAAUGUGCUGGGAAAGACCAGGAAGAACCAUAUUCCCAGGAUCGGCGACUUUAAUGAGUCUACGUAUUAUAUGGAGGGCGACACAGGCCACACAGUGUUCCAGACACAGUUUGGGAAGAUAGCUGUGAAUAUCUGCUACGGGCGCCAUCACCCUCUUAACUGGUUCAUGUACAGUAUGAAUGGAGCUGAGAUCAUCUUCAACCCCUCAGCUACUGUUGGAGCUCUAAGUGAGCCCAUGUGGCCGAUAGAGGCCAGGAAUGCAGCAAUAGCUAACCACUGUUUCACUUGUGCAAUCAACCGUGUUGGGACGGAACAUUUCAAAAGUGAAUUCACAUCUGGUGAUGGAAAAAAAGCCCACCAUGACUUUGGACACUUCUAUGGAUCCAGUUAUGUGGCUGCUCCUGACGGCAGCCGCACCCCGGGACUAUCUCGGACCCGUGACGGCCUGCUGGUGGUGGAAAUGGAUCUCAACCUGAACAGACAAAUCUGUGACAAAUGGAGUUUUAAGAUGACUGGGCGGUAUGCUGAGUACGCAGAUGAACUUACCGCGGCCGUCAGACAUGACUUCAAACCCAACAUAGUGAAGGAGUAAAUGAUAAUCCUCUAUAGUGCAUUUAAGUAUGAAAUGAAACACAACGAGAUCAGUUCUUUUCAUUUCGUUUGACAUCGUGUUUAUAUUCUGUGUCUGUCAGGUUGGUUCCAUUUAGUUGUUUCCAUAACUUUAUCACAGAAAACUCAAACAAAGUCAAACUGUGUUCUUUAUAUGUUUAUAACAGACUUAUAGUUGAUGAUUUGACACAAGCCCAGAUUCUUCAGUUCUGUGAAGCUAACAGUGUCCACUGCAGCCACAAGUUACAAUCAUGGGAUAAUGCUAAAUGCUACAACUGCAUCUAACAGUAUCACAAGUUACAUUAUUACAGUAUUUACCUUGCUAACAUUGGCUUUACAUUAGCCACUGUAAACCAGAGGUCACAAUUGAUUAAGGGUUUUUUACUCAGUUUGCUUAUGAAUCCAACUUUUCAUCAGCAAGAGGACAAAUUGUUUUUUUUCUUAAAUGAACUAAGUCUUGCUUUAAGCUAAAACCUGCAGUGCAGGUUCAUUGACAGUUAUCUGGAUAAUCUGGACUUUUUACACCAGAGAUACUCCGCUUGCUUUGUCCAGGGGCCACUUUUGAAAAAGGAGGUCAGUUAAUAAACAAACAGCAGAAAGAGUUCAGAAAUCCUCACUUUACAAAUUUACUUAAUGAUGAUCAAAAUAGAUAAAUUCAACAAAAUGUUUCUGUUAUCAGACCAAUGAAAAUCAUUUCAUUUUGACAUAUUUGUUAGAUAAUUGCCAUUAAGUUAGUUUCAUAAAUUGUAAAGUGCUUUUAAUCUACUGUAUAGAAGAUGUAUAUUUUAUAUUUCACAAUUAGAAUACACUGUGUUCCAAAUUAUUAUGCAUAUACUGUUUUUGUUCUUUUUCUCACUAAAUAGUCGAUAUAACU